CAGCUUCUUACUCUCCAUCACCAUCUGUACUGGCUGAUCUUCUGUUUCCAUGGGUAGCAGUGCUCUGUGGGUCUUCAUAUUCCUUGAGAUGAUCAUUGCUGUAGCUUGUUGUCUGGGCAAUGCACUGGUGAUCUGGGCAGUGUGGACAUGUGGAGCUCUCAGGCAGCCCACCUUCUGCUUCAUUGUUUCCCUUGCUGUGGCUGAUUUCCUGGUGGGGUCUGUGGCCAUCCCUGUAGCUGUGGUGUGGGAAAUCAAUAUGAAGACCACCUUUUAUGGCUGCCUUUUCAUGUGCUGUGUUUUCAUAAUGCUACAGUUGGCUUCUGGUUCUUUACUCCUGGCCAUCGCAGUGGACCGCUUUCUCCGUGUACGCAUCCCUCUGAUGUAUAAGUCUACAGUUACUCAAAAACGCUCUUGGAUGGUGGUGGCAAUCUGCUGGUUCACUGCUGCACUGUUGAGUUUAAUCCCCAUGUUCGGAUGGCACAACUAUAACACUUGGAACAGUACAAUACAUGCAAACUCCACCAGUUCUAAAUGUAGAUACUUCACUGUUAACAGCCGUUCGUAUCUAGUCAACUUUAUAUUUUUUGGCUUCUUCCUUCCUCCGUUGGCUAUCAUGACAGGCUUGUACCAUUACAUCUUCCUGACCACUAGAAGGCAGUUAAGAGUAAAUAUAGGUGCAGCUACUGAGUCCCGCACAUAUUACCAAAAAGAACACAGACUGGCUGCUUCAUUGGUUCUGGUCUUGGGUCUAUUUGUUGUCUGUUGGCUGCCUCUGUUCCUCAUGCACACUAUAAAAUUAUAUGGUCCUAAAAUCGAGGUGCCCCCUGUUCUCAUUUACAUGGGCGUCCUCCUGUCUCAGGCCAAUUCAGCAGUUAACCCCAUAGUGUAUGCAUUUAAAAUCCCAAAGAUAAAACAGGCAUGUAGGAAGCUGUGCAGGAGAGUUUACCAUGACAGAGAACAUCAGCAGAGAGAUGUCACGAAAAACAGCAGCACAGAAAACAGAAGUGCUACCCAGGAGUAAAAAAUCCUGCUGCAAGUGGUAAUAAAUAUAUAUAUAGACCAUAGUUCUAAGUCACGUGUCAAAAUCCAGUCCUGGAUUAGCAUUAAACCUCAAUAUUUCUACUCAUUUUUCAAAAUGUUUGCAUAAUUAAGGUAAACAAAGUUCUUUAGAAGGGUUUGGUCUAGAGAAUUCCAGAGAAAUUUACUGGGUCAAAACUAUCCACAAUGGUGGUAAUAGCCGACUUGGUGCUUCUUUCUUUUAUUUUCCAUGGUUUGCAUUAGGGAAGCUUGUUAAAGCAGCAUUUGUUUCUCCUGUUUCCUUUAGCAGUACAUUAACUUUGACGAGCGACUGCAAUUGCAGUCUUCUGUCAGCAAGACAUCUAUACCACAAUGACUCCAGGCCAUAGUCUGACAUGGGGCACCAGCUGACAGUCACCUUUUCCACAUGUUAUUUUAUUUUUGUCUUAAACUGUCAGCUAGUCAGAGUGACAGAAACAAAUCAAAGUAACAGUGAUAAGUACUGUAUAUUGAGUUUUAAUUUUCUAUGGGCUUUUUGGGGUUAUUUUAAGGGGAAAUUACACCAGUUUUUCCAAUCGUCUACAUAAUUCAAUCAUUAAGGUGUAGACAAAGUCAUUCUAGGUGGUCCGAUGUAAAAUGCUCUUUUCUAGAGAAAAAUACAGAGUUAGAAUUGUUCACAGUGUUGGAGAUAGGAACCAAACAUCAAACAUGUUUUAAAGCUCUACAUUGUCUAGCACCGUGAACAUUGCACUUUGGCCUCCCAAGACAAGCCAUUUGGGCGCCCCUGACCUAGAACCUGUGUACCUCACUGACUCCACUACCAACCUAAUUAUCACAUUUGACAAAGCUCACUGGUUUGUGUGAUGUAUUUCGGUGUGGUUGCCAGUUUUAUGAUGACAUUUAAGUACAUAGCAGUGUUAGCUUGCAUGCACCAAUAAUCAGAUUUUGGCUUCUGAACAACCUUGAAAUUCUUCAGAUGUGAUGAUGUUUGGAGAAAAAAUGUCCGAACCACAAAUUGUUUCAGCCUCAGAAAUUUUUGGAAAUUCAGAAGAGGAUCACGUGACUCAGAAUAAUGAUAUUUAAAUUAUGUACAUAGUUGUUGCACAAGUCGUGGUGCUUUAUUAACCGGCUGUUAUUGGCCAGAGCUGUACAAAAGUAUUUCUACACAUACAAAAAAAAAGGGUGAAAAGGGGCUAAUAAAGUAUGUAGAGAGACAGAUGUACUA